AUGGACUCUAGCCUGACUAUAGUGAUGGAAUUUAGCCAUCUGGAGGUUUUAGCUCUUCUUUCAGAUUUACCAGUCAACGCUCUGCAGCUCCAAGAUCUAACACAACCGAAAGAAUUGUGUCGGGUAGUAAUAGUUGUUUUCACCGAAACCUAUGCUGAAUCUGCUUGGUGCCUUCAUGAGCUUCAACAAAUCAUUAAAUGGCACGAAACUUAUUGCCGGCAUGUUCUGCCGGUAUAUUACGAAAUUCAGCCAUCUGAUGUACGGCUUCAGAAGAGUAAUUUUGGAAAAGCCUUGAAAGCAACUGCACAACAAACAUUUUCAGGACAAGAAGUGGAACAUGCCUUGUCCAGGAGUGAUGCUGAACUAGUGGACAAAGUUGUUAAGAGCGUUCAUCAUUUACCAGUCUUGACUGCUACUAAAUUUCCAGUUGGAUUACAGUCCCAUGUGGAAACACUUAUUCAAUAUAUUGAAAAUACCAAAGUCAGUAUCAUAGGGAUAUGGGGAAUUGGAGGAGUGGGUAAAACCACCAUUGCCAAAGCCGUCUACAACCAAAUUCAUGAUGUCCUAAAAACAAAAGUGGAGGUAAAUAGUAUUGAGAAGGGAGCAAGUUCGAUUCAGGAAAGACUUUCUUGGAAAAGGAUGCUCAUUGUACUUAAUGGUGCGAAUCAAUUUUACCCAUUGAAAGACCUAUGUGGAAAUCGUAAAUGGUUUGGUCAAGGAACUGUGAUAAUCAUUACAACUAGAGACGUUAGCCUACUGAAAGAACUCAAUGUUAAUUAUGUUUAUAAAAUCAAUAACAUGAACGAAAAUGAUUCCCUUGAGCUUUUUAGUUGGCAUGCUUUUAGAGAAGACAAACCAAUAGAAGAUUUCGAUGAACUUGCAAGAAAUGUAGUUGCUUAUUGUGAAGGACUACCGCUAGCUAUUGAGGUCCUUGGAUCUUAUUUAAGUGGGAAGACAAACAUAGAGUGGAAAACUGUAUUGUCAAAACUAGAAAUAAUUCCCAUUGGUCAAGUUAAAGAGAAAUUGAGAAUAAGUUUUGAAGGUUUACGCGAUGACAUGGAAAAGGAUAUAUUUCUUGAUGUCUGUUGUUUUUUUAUUGGUAAAGACAGAGACUAUGUUACAGAGAUAUUAAAUGGCUGUGGUCUACAUGCUGAUAUUGGAAUAGCAGUACUGAUACAGUGUUGUCUCUUAAUAGUUGAUAAGAAUAACAAACUUCAAAUGCACCCUUUGGUGCAAGAUAUGGGAAGAGAGAUUAUUCAUAGAAGUUCAACAAAGGAACGUGAGAGGCGCAACCGACUAUUUGCUGGCGAUGCAAAAUUUGUACUGACAAAGAAGAAUGGAACAGAAGCUAUUCAGGGAUUGGCUCUGAAGUCACCAUUACCCGCCACAUCUUGGUUGGAAAUUUCUUCUUUCCAGAAUGAGCAGUUAUUGAGACUGUCGGACUUUGACACUCUACUAUACACUGGAGACUAUCCGAACCUUUCUAAGCAACUGAGAUGGAUCUGUCAUCACGAGUUUCCUUUCAAACAUAUACCUGAAAACUGUGAUAUGGAAGGUGUGAUUGCGAUUGAUUUGAAAUGCAGUAAUCUUCGACGAGUCUGCAAAGAACCAUGGGUUUUAAGGGGGCUAAAGUUCCUUAAUCUAAGUCACUCCAAGUACUUAACUGAAACACCUGACUUUUCAGGACUACCAAGUCUUGAAAAGCUUAUUCUAAAGGAUUGUCCAAGAUUGUGCAAUGUACACCAAUCCGUAGGAGACCUCUGCAGUCUAUUAAUCAUGAAUUUGAAGGACUGUAUAAAUCUAAGCUAUCUCCCCAGAGAGGUAUAUAAGUUGAAAUCUUUAAAAACUCUCAUCCUGUCUGGUUGUUCCAAGAUUGACAUUUUGGAAGAAGAUAUAGUGCAGAUGGAAUCCUUGAUAACACUAAUUGCUGAAAAUAAAGCUGUGAAACAAGUUCCCUUUUCUGUUGUAAGGUCAAAAUGCAUUGGAUAUAUAUCCUUACAUGGAUUUGAAGGAUUGUCACACAAUAUUUUUCCUUCUAUCAUUGGGUUUUGGAUGUCACCAACAAUGAAUCUCCUAUCUUAUAUUAACCCGUUUUGCGUGGAUAUGGAGAAUAAUAAUUGGUGUGACCUUGCGCCACUGUUUAGCAGCCUUGCAAAUCUUCGAAGUAUUUCUGUUCAAUGUGACACGGAGCUUCAACUUUCUCUGCAAGUAAAAACAAUUUUUGUCGAAUACAGAGUAAAUUUUACGGAAUUAAGCCUUUCAAAGCCUCACGUGAGGUUUUCUUUGAUUGGUGUUGGACGUUACAAUAAAUCCUUCAACACUCUCAGUGAUACCAUAUCCGAGGGAUGGCCAGGCAGCGAGUCUUGUGAUGUUUGUCUUCCAGGUGACAACCACCCUUAUUGGUUAACCCAUGUGGGUGAAGGACAUUCCGUUUAUUUCACUAUGCCUCAGGAUUCUGACGUGAAGGGAAUGGUUUUAUGUGUUGUUUAUUUAUUCUCAGCUGAAUAUCUCAGCAUGGGAACUAAAUGUCUCACAAGUAUCUUAAUUGUUAAUUACACAAAGUGCACAUUCCAGAUACACAAGCAUGGCACAGUAAUUUCCUUCAAUGACAUAGAUUGGGAGGGCAUAAUAUCAAAUUUAGGAUCUGGAGACAAGGUGGAGAUUUUUGUGACUCUUGCUCAUGGAUUGGUGGUCAAGAGCACAGCUGUCUAUCUGAUAUGUGGUCAAUCAGAAGACGUUGAAACGUGGCCUGAGCCAAAGGAAAAUGCCCUCUAUAAAUUCAUAAAGAAAAUAUUUUGA